AAUUCCUUCCAUUCCUUUGUUCGGUGCCACUGUAGGAGGAGGAGGAGGAGUACAUAAUAACCACCCAUCACUAGCAACAAAUCCCUCCCACAUCUCUCCCCCUCUCCCUCUCCUCUCCUCUCCUCUCCUCUCCUCUCCCACACAAGCAAGCAAGGAAGGUUCUCAGGCCGCCGCCGCCGCCACGAUGAGCUCCUCCUCGAAGCUCUUCCAGUCCGCCUGCAAGGCCGCCAGGUCCUUCCUCGCCUCCUCCUCCGCCCCCGCCGCCGCCCCGCGCGCCGCCUCCUCCGUCCUCGCAGACGGGAGGAACGCCGCGCUCGCCACCCUCGCCAACCUCGGCAGGAACUCCACCCUCCCAGCCGCAUACGCCCACCACCUCCACACCAACGCCGCCGCAUCCUCCCACGCCUACGCAUGGCUCGCCGCCAUCCCCGCCGCAGUCUACAUGCUCCAGGAUCAGGAGGUGCAUGCUGCCGAGAUGGAACGCACCUUCAUCGCCAUCAAGCCUGACGGCGUCCAGAGAGGCCUCAUUUCUGAGAUAGUGUCCCGAUUUGAGAGAAAAGGAUACAAGCUUGUUGCCAUCAAGCUGGUGGUUCCAUCCAAGCAGUUCGCCGAGAAGCACUACCAUGAUCUCAAGGAAAGGCCUUUCUUCAAUGGACUGUGCGACUUCCUCAGCUCCGGUCCCGUGCUUGCCAUGGUAUGGGAAGGAGAGGGCGUUAUCAAGUACGGGAGGAAGCUGAUCGGUGCCACGGACCCAUCGAAAUCUGAGCCAGGAACCAUCAGGGGUGACCUUGCUGUUGUUGUUGGAAGGAACAUCAUCCACGGGAGCGAUGGCCCGGAGACAGCCAAGGACGAGAUCGCGCUCUGGUUCCAGCCCAAGGAGCUGGUCUCUUACACCAGCAACGAGGAGAAGUGGAUCUACGGUGUGAACUAACCGCCGCAUCGUCUUCAGAAGAGCCAAAGAAGCUCCAGUCCCUUUCCGUAAUCGCCUCUAGACCAUGGCAGAGUGCAAUAACACCGCGACCCGGGCGACCUUUCAGUCGGUGUCGCCCUUGCCCUUGUCUCAUCGUGAUGCAAUAAGGCCCGAAGAAAUUUAAAGAGUUUGUUUGUACCUUUGAAUAUUAUAGAGCGAGCAAUCGUGAUGUUCAAAUCAAACCGUCGCCUUCAGGCGCUUGAUUUUGAUGGAUGCUGUUUGUUUUCA